AAUGCGGAAGUCAAGUUCACGGUUUCCUGAGUCAUUCCUCCUACGUUUCAAACGAGAUAAGUCUCCAAUAACAACAUUAGACUGCUACGAACUCAGUUUGUCACUGAAUUAUAUUAAUAAUGGAGGGAACUGUAUCAAAUGUGGAGGUCUGUAACUUUGCUUACACGGGGCAGUUUGAGAAAUUAAAGCAGUGCAUCCUGUCAGAUAAAACACUUGCCUCCAAAACGGACCGGGACAAAAGAACAGCGCUGCACUGGGCUUGUUCUGCUGGCCACACCGACAUUGUGGAGUUUCUGCUCAGCCUGGGAGUUGAUGUGAAUCUGCAAGAUGAUACUUCAUGGACUCCCUUGCACAUUGCAGCAUCUGCUGGCAGAGAAGACAUAGUGAGAUCUCUGAUAGCCAAAGGAGCUCAGCUGAAUUCAGUCAAUGAUAAUGGGUGCACCCCUCUGCACUACGCCGCAUCCAAAGGCAGAUACGAGAUUGCCUUGCUGUUGUUGGAAAACGGAGCUGACCCCAAUGUUACCGACAAGUUGGAGUCUACAGCUCUUCACAGAGCGUCUGCCAAGGGCAACUACCGCCUCAUCCAGCUGCUUCUCAAACAGAGUGCUUCCACCAACAUCCAGGACUCACAGGGCAACACACCACUCCACCUGGCAUGUGAUGAAGAGCGUGUGGAAGCAGCCAAAUUGCUGGUGGAGCACGGGGCCAGCAUUUACAUAGAGAACAAGGAGGAGCAGACCCCUCUCCAGAUGGCCAAGGGUGGUCUGGGCAACAUACUUCGUCAGAUCGUGGAGGGGUGAUGCUUUACCUGGAGUACAGGUCAUGUUCCUGCUAAAAUCCCCACUACUGCCAUUAUGAGAAUCCUCAUUCCAGUCAGUCUUCUGAGCAGCCUAGUGUGACACAUUGAGAUGUGUGGCAGGGGGAGGAUGAGACGGUAUCUGAGAGUAGGUUUGGACUGGACUGUAUUCCUAUCAGCUCCUCAGAUAUGGCUUUAAUAAUGCACAGACCAAUGUCCAAUGAAGUGCAGCCUUUCCAGCUUUUGUUUUUUUUCUUUUGAACGAUGGAAAUGAUCUUGUUAAUAAAGUAGAAUAAAUCUGUUUUGCUUGAAUA